AUGUUUUAUUAUUAUUUUCGUGUUUUUAAUUGGUUCUGUACCGCAUUCGGCAUGAAGAAACCAUUUCUGUUGUCGAACGGGCAGGCCUGCAACUUUACCUAUUGGAGUAAAUUUUGGUCUGUCAUGGUGAUUACUAUCUUUAUAGUUUUACAUUUUACAUCAGACAAUGAGAGUACUAAAGAAGGCAUCAAAACUUACUUAGACGAUAUAUCGGAUAUCAAUGAAUUAAUAUUCAAUAUAAUUGUACUAGUCAUAGACUUUUUUCAUCCCUCAACAUUGUGGUCGGAGCUAUAUAUGACUUUAAGCAAUAUAUUUAAUUGUUUGAAGUUAAGUAAUCGUAAUUUAAAGAUGAUUGCUUUGAAACUAUAUGUGUGGAUUUUUUUGCCAAGCGUUGUAUUCAUUCCAAUCUUUUUUAUGGAAAUCUUUAUUCCACAAUUUGCCCAAUUUACUAUUCUUAUAAAGGUGCCGGGUUAUUUGGCAAUUUUGCAUUUAGUGAUUCAUUUGCACCUAGUGUUGGCUGUAUUAAGGAACAUAAAUGAAAUAUUGAAUAAGGCACAUGUAAAAGACACCGAAAUAACGUUUUUAACGAAGGAAUCAAGCAUGUUCAGAUAUUUUUUAAAUACCAAAAUUAAUUUUAUGGAAGCGGAUGUCUCGGAUUCCAAUUUUAGUAUCCAAUCCCUAUGCAAAAUUUAUGAUGAUUUAAUCACUUGCAUUCAAUUAUUGGAGAAACUUCAUGGAAAACAAAUAUUAUGUACUAUUUGGAUGAUGUUCUCCGGUGCAGUGAUUAGAGUUACUCUGAUGAGUUGCGAGGAGGUAGAAUGUCCCUGGCUAAUAACGAUAAGAAUUGUACUACCAUUUAUUUGGUCAAGUCUUUGUUGUAUUGUGGACGACCAGUUAAAGCAGGAGGUGGAGUUGACUGAAAUAAUUAUCAUGAAGCAUUUGAUUGACUUUAAAUGUGAUCUUUCCAGAAAAAAAGUUCUAGAAACAUUCAAGCAACUCGUUAGUACAAAUAAAUUACAAUUCUCCGCCGGUAGCCUUUUUUGUGUGAACUAUCAUCUGAUUAUUGGGACUGUCAUGAACGUUAUUACUUACAGCAUCAUUUGCAUUCAAUUGUUUUUAAGAACCGAUUAA